AAGCCAUUAAGCGGCCAGAGCUCAGCAACGUCUCUCCUCUCUCUGGUGAUGGCACUGGAGGGAACUGAAGUUUGCUUUCCACAACUCCUCAACUCCUCCUGCAGGAAGCCGGAACCUCCUCACACUGACACUGUGCUGAUUUACAUUCUGCUGUCCUCCAUCGCUCUGCUCACUGCAGUUCUCAACCUGCUGGUCAUCAUCUCUAUCUCCCACUUCAGGCACCUCCACACCCCCACCAACUUCCUCCUCCUUUCUCUGGCUGUCUCAGAUUUCCUUGUGGGUGCUCUGCUGAUACCAGUUGAAAUACUCCUAAAAGAGACCUGCUGGAUCCUGGGUGACCUCAUGUGUUCUCUAUAUUACAUGUUACCUGUCAUCAUAAUCACUGCCUCCGUAGGAAACAUGGUAAUCAUAUCAGUUGACCGCUAUGUGGCCAUUUGUGACCCUCUGCAUUACUCCAUCAAAGUCACUCAAAAAAGGGGGAGAGUCUGUGUUUUCCUUUGUUGGAUUUGUUCUUUUCUCUAUAGCAUUAUCCUUUUAUAUGAUAACUUAAAGCAACCAGGCAGGUAUAAAUCCUGCGAAGGGGAAUGUGUGGUCAGCAUGACAGGAGCUGUCGAUCUUGUUGUCAGCUUCAUCAUUCCCAUUUCUGUCAUCAUAAUUCUGUACAUGAGAGUUUUUGUGGUGGCUGUGUCUCAGGCUCGUGCCAUGAAGUCCCACAUUGCGACUGUCUCACUCAAGCGUUCAAAGACUGUGAAAGCUAAGAAAUCUGAGAUAAAAGCAGCCAGGACACUUGGUGUUCUGAUAGUCAUUUUUCUGCUCUGUUACUGUCCAUAUUACUGCGUGUCUCUCACUGGCCUUGGCAUAUUGAUCGGUUCUACAACUGAGGUCUUUAUGAUUUUUCUGAUGUAUUUUAACUCCUGUCUAAACCCAAUCAUCUAUGCCCUUUUCUACCCCUGGUUUAAAAAAGCUAUUAAGCUUAUUGUUACAUUUCAGAUAUUACAGCCUGACUCCUAUGAUGCCAACAUACUGUAAUGAGACAAUGAUAAGUGAAAAUAUUGCUCUAUGUUUGUAUACUAAUACAGUGGUUCCCAACCUGGGGGUCAAAAACUAGGGGUCACUUAAGCUUCAUAAAGGGUUUUCUUGAGUUUUAAGGGGUGUGAGAAAACUUUAGAAUUAUUCAAAGUCGGCCUAUAUAUCUGGAUUUCAUUAAAUUCUCUGAAGAAUAGCACAUGCUAUUUUCACAGAGCCUUCACUCUCUGAUAUGCUUACAUAUACACCAAUCAGCCAUAACAUUGUGAGCACUAACAGGUAAGGGAAUAACACUGAUUAUCUGGUUUUCAUGACUCCUGUCAGUGGGUGGGAUGUAUAAGGCAGAAAGUCAACAUUUUGUCCUCACACCGAUGUGUUACAAGCAGGAAAAAUGUGCAGUGUGAGGAUUUGAGCUACUCUGACAAGGGCCAAAUUGUGAUGGCUAGACGACUGGGUCUCCAUCUUGUCCUGAGCCAGAGAAUCUAGGAUGUAUCUUUUACACCGCACAUUAGGUUUUAGAAAGACUGUACCCAGGUAUGUUUGACAAUUCUAUUACUAAUGUGAACAUUAAACAAUACUUAAAUAAAAGACACUAGACUAUG